UACUGACUACUUGUUAUGUCUUCUCCUCCUCAGUGCUCUGCAGAAUGUGGUGAUGGGAUCCGCACACGUUCAGUGGUUUGUAUGACCAAUCAUGUCAGCAGUUUGCCUCUGGAAGGCUGUGGCAAUAACAGACCCUCUGAAACAACUCCCUGUAAUAAUGGGCCCUGUGCUGGUAAAGUGGAGUGGUUUGCUGGGAGCUGGUCACAGUGCUCUACUGAAUGUGGUGGUGGAACUCAACAGAGGGAAAUCAUUUGUGUCAGGAAAACUGAGGGCAAUUUUGAUGUUUUGAACCCCUAUGAAUGCUCAUAUUUGGAAAGACCUCCCAGCCAGCAAUCCUGCUACCUCAAACCCUGUGGAUCUAAAUGGUUUCAUACAGAAUGGAGCACAUGUUCCAAGUCCUGUGAAGGAGGAUUUAGAGUUCGAGAGGUACGAUGUCUAUCAGAUGACAUGACAACCAGUACUCAUUGUGAUCCACAACUUAAACCUGAAGAAAAAGAGCCAUGUAACACACAGGACUGUAUCCCUGAAAUAGAUGAGAACUGCAAAGAUAAAUACUACAAUUGCAAUGUGGUGGUUCAGGCCCGGCUUUGUGUCUACACCUAUUACAAAACAGCCUGUUGUGCAUCCUGUACACGUGUGGCAAAUAGACAAUCUGGGUUUCUAGGACACAGAUAACAAAUGCUCUUCUACUCAAAUCAGCAAUGUCGGUCUUCAGAUGAAGCUUGAACAGUGUUACUAUUUUGACUAGAGCAGGUUUUAGCUUCUUAAAGAGGUGGUUUUUAUACUGCUGAGUACGUCAAGACACCACAUCCUUUCAAUUACAUUUAUUGUGCAGUUUUAUCUUUCUAAAAAAACCAUGAUCUUUUUAAAGCAUUAAUUUGUAUUGAUACUAUUCUUUGCACCUCGUCAUUGAAUAACUAUUUAAAGAACAUACCAGCCUUACUAUUAUGAAAUUAAUGUUUAAAAAAAAAAUCAGAGCUAGGCAAUUACUGCAGAUGUUUAACCAGUAUGGGUGUGACUGCCAUGUUAUUUUCUGAGUGCUUAUUCUUACUUGGGUGUUUUGAACGGCCUUAAAGUAGUAGAUCAAAUCAAUGAAACGUGCACGUGAGAAGAAUUACUUUACCAAGAACCCACCCCUGGGAGACCCAUUCAUAUUCAGUUUUUUAGCACUCAAAUGUAUAUUUUUAAUUACUUCAGUCCAUUCAUAAUAGUAAUGGUUAUAUCUUUCACUUAUACUUUUAUCUAACUUCCUGUCCUCAGGUGGCAAAUAUAUACACGUUUGACUGCCAAAAAGUGCCUUUAUAUUUAAUUCAUAAACCCUUAGAAUUAUACUUUCCUAAUUUUGUAUAUAUUUUAAAAUGUUACCUACCAGAGUGCCUCUAGCCCAUUAAAUCUUUACCAGCUGCAGCCAUCAGUGGGAUUUACCAGAAAGGCAAGGAGCCCUUGCUGGUGUUUAAAAAAAAAUAUUUCUAUUGGCAAGGUCUCUUUCCCUUAGGGCAGUUUUGCAAUGAUCUGAUACCUUGCCUAAUAUCUCGUCUCUGCACUAUUGCUUAACUAGUAUCAUGCAAAAAUACCAUGCUUAGAUGUUGUCUGCAUAUCAGAGCCUUCCGAAGCAACCACCAACAGAUGUACACUUCUGUGCUUUAUAGUAGUCUGCUACUCUUGGUAUCAGUAGGCUCGGUAAGUGUGGUAGCUGAGUAUUUGUAAUAAGAAGAUCUCAACUAUUGGUGUUUUUUCAGGUUUUGAUCAGUUAUUACAACAUACUUGUCUUUUUUAGUCAAUGUUUCAUUCAUCAGGUCUGUUCAUACCACUCUCUUUAUACUACUCAAGAAUGGCUCUGCUUGCAUGCUGAGCAUCUGUUAGUAGAGUUUAACAUGCAUUGAAGUUGAGAUAAGCAAUGAGACUAUGAUUCAGUGAAUUUAUGUGAUGAUUUUUCAUUUCUGUAAUGACUGUUCUCAGCCUUGUGAUUUGGUAAAGGUAAGUAGAAUGUGCUGUGCAAUGCAAAUGAAAAUUUUUGCAUUGUCUGCACAUUCUCUAGCUUUUACCUCUGAGAUCAUUCAAAUGUGUAAGUAAGGCUGAGGGGAGAAAUUGACAUUUCUGCUCAUUCAACUAGUUACUGCUUUCAAAAUAGUGAUAUCCAGCUGCACAUCUAUUUUAAGGUACCUGCGGCCUGAAUUGAAAAACAGUUUUAAUAUGUGAUAAGCCUCUCCCAGUGAUGUGAUUGUACAGUGAUUAAGGGGUCCUGCUACUGAUUAAGAGGCAUAUUUGAACCUCAUUUAGGAUUUGUAUCAGAGCCCAUCCUAGAUGAUCCACCUGUAAAUAUGCAUCUGUUUUUAUUUUCUUCUUAUCAUUUGGGAAGAGAUGAUGUGGAAGAAUGGGCACUGGGAGGCAAAGGUUACUGCUGUGCUAUUCGUCGCACCACUUCAUGUGCUGGAAACUGAGCACAGGAAGGUAGAAUUCCUCUUGUCUAAAAGCUGCAUUGGACUGAGACAAACCAUAGAUAUUUUGAUUCAGUCACUUAUGAAGAAUGUAUUUCAGCCACAAUGAAGUAUUAAGAAGUGUUUCCCCUGAACUUUGAAGUUACUGUUUGUGAUUAUGAACCAUUAAUGUCAUUGGGUGUUUUUGUAUGCCAUGUCUUGGGCUUUUUCACUAUAAUUAGUUGACAUAAAGCCUCUAGAAACAGGUGUGCUAAUUAGAAAACUUUUAAUAUGAUCUCACAAAGCUUUUGCAGUUCUGUUUCCUUGUAUAUGAAAAUCUAUCCAUGAGGAUAACUUAAAGAUUUGUGAUCAUAUUAUAUUCAUUAGAUUCUUGACCAAAGACUGAAAUGGAGAAAGUGCUGUUCUAGAAUCCAGUAUUUAUAAAUAUAGGUUUUCAUCUCAGUAUUUCAUUGCAGCAGAUCUUGACAUACAGUAUAUAAUUUUUGCCGUUAUCUCUUUUGUGUCAAGGAAGUGUAUUCUAUCAGCUUGAAGAAAAUAUUUGUUCCAUAAAAAGAAUUAUUGAAAAUCACAAUGAGAAUGAAAUAUGUGGAAGUAAUCAGGUUUGCAAAGAAUUCAUAGACAAUAAUCUCCUUGCACAUACUCUUGGCUGUGAGAAGGCAAGUCAGGAAGCAAGCAGGUGAUCCUGGUCUUUCAUAAAAUCUGUUGUUAUGCCCUGGAAUAUAUGACCAUUGGGUUAUUUUACAAGGAUUAUCAUCGUGUAGGCAUCAUUAAGCUGUCACUAAAGUAAACAAUGAAUGGGAGCUAAAUAUCAAGGAAUAUAUAUGUAGUGAUAUAAUCCUGUAUUACUCCUAAGUUGUAGAGCUUUGUGAAUUGAAUGCAGUGAAUUAUGUUAGUACAAAUUAGACAUGAGUGGGUUUUUGUUUUGUUUUUUUUUUAGUUUAAAGGACAGAUUUCAGGUGUACCAGUUAAAAAAGAUUGCAUCUCCUAAUUGAACGUCCAGUGAUAUGGAAACUGCUAAAAUCUUGCUUAACUUGAUCAUCUAUCAUCUCUUCUCAUGUUUCAGUAUAAUCAAAAUACUUGAUCCUGAAAUACAAACUAUCAAACUCUUCUUUCAGCAGUUUUAUGUAGGUAAUAUUAGUUCUACAUCAAACAAGUGCUAUGCUUAUAUUCCACUGUCACACAAAGUGCAUUUUUGAAAUUGUGACUAUAGCAUUUGCUCUAAUAGAGCAGUGUACUGUCUUAGGAUGAUGCCCACAGGGGCUUGAUGUUACUUUCAUGAUUUAACUGUAAAUGACAGUUGACCUUCAUGGAUGCAGUUAGAUCAAGUUUAAAACAAAUAUAAGUAAAAAUUGAUUCAGGCUUCUGUGAUUGUUUAUAUUUCCUUUUACUGGUAUUUUAAAAUCAAUCCAAAUCCCUCAGGAAAAAAAUUGAAAAAUUGCUUCCUUACCUUACAGAUUUUUACUUUAUACAAUCCAGGAAGACCAGAGUAAGUAUGAGGUUUUUGAUUAGUAUAGAGUUUAAUCAGUAUAACUGUUUGUAAGGAAAAAAAAAGGCAUACUGCUUUCAUUUCUUCCAGACAUGCAGCUGGACAGAAUCAGCUUCAUGUAGAGCAGGUUCUAUGUCUCAAGCACUCUCUUCCUAGAAUUGAAGACUAUUUGUGUAGUUGUUUAUUGUUAUCAGGGGUCCAUCGCGGUUUGUUACUUUCUACUCAAUGCCAGGUCUAAGCAUGUGCAAGUGGAAUUGUUUGUGUAUAGCAGUGGCAUGCUACAUUUGACAAUGCUUACUAGCAGGGUUGAGUUUAUGGGGUUCUCCCUCUCACUAGCUGAGAAACUGAGAUGAUGUGUAGUGUGGAAGCGUGAGGUUUGCUCCUGUGGGAAUGACCCUGUGUCUGGCAUAGAGUCCUGAGAAGUGCAGCAUGAAAGAUGUGAGUGUUCUUGCAAGCCAACUACCCUUAAAGUCUUUUUGCUCUCUGACUUAGUGUAGGACUACCCCAGUAUCCCUGCACAGGGAACUAGUGUCUUCCUCAUUACAUACAUAAUCUUUUUUCGUCUUUUCCCCAAUGCUUGAGUGAAUCAGCAAAUUGAGAACUUUCUGUAUGAAUGAAGCAGUGCUUAACAUCAAUGUUAUCGGUUAGAUCUGACUUUUAUCAUAAUAUGAUGCAGUUCAGAGUUGUUUCAUUCUGUAAAGAAAAAGCAGAAUGUGUUGCAGAACAUGCUGAGUUAGUGACAUGUUAAUGCAAAGAGAGAUUCUAACAUGUUUGUUCACCUAGACUUGAUAAAAGUGGUCAGUGUAGCCCUGACUCUGGUAAGUACAUGAAAUUUAUAGAACAGAAGACUAUAUGGAGCAGCAAUAUUGGCAGAACAGAAAGUGCUGCUUGCUUUAUGUAUGUCUGAGUCCUACGUAGGAUGCUCUGAAAGUAAUGCCUCCUACUUAUUGUAAUGGAAACUACAACGGUUACAAAGAACAUAAUAACUAACUGAUAGAGCAUAUUAUCAGCUACAAAACACUCCUUUUCAGCAUAGUAACCAUCAUUAGCCAAUUCACGUGGAUGAGCUGAUGGAGAUGCUCUUUGUUUUGUGCUGUGACAGCUGUGCAUGGCCAUCCAGAAUAUGGCUUGUCUUUCAGGUCACUGUCACCGCCGCUGAAAAGUACCACCCACCACUAUGCUCAUGUCCACUGUUUGGUCUCCAUAAACAUUCAGCAAAUGUCUGUGAAUGUCAGUGGGUGCCAUUUUUUCUGCGUGGAGGAGUUCAGUUCCGCACCUUUGCUUCAUAUGCACUUCCAUGUCAGAUGACGCUUUGUCAGACUGCCCCUCUGCUGCCAUCUGUGGCACAGCACCAAAAUGUAAUGGAACAUUGAUAGGAACCUUCGCCCUUCACCCUCUGCUGCCAUUCCACCAACAUCCACCUCUGAUGUCGUGGGCCAAGAUUAUAAAAUAGGAGGCAUUACUUUUGGAGCAGCCAUGGUUGAAAGUGUCAGUGGUCAUCACAGAGGGACGAAGGAGGAGGUAGGUGCUGGAAGCAGCUCAUGGCUAAUAGAACUUCUGAAUAGCUAUGGAGAUUAUGCCUUCUUGAAGGAGAAUCUUGCCUUCACUCUUACUAACCUGUACAUCCAUAAGUAGUACAUUGUGCUCUCUGGAGCUUUCUUUUGUGUUUGAAACACAAAACAUGAAAUUCUGAACACAGAAAUAAGCAUAUAUUCCUAACAUCGCAUACAGAAUAUGUUUGUGGGAACUACGUUGUUUAGUAAAUGCAGUAACAUUGUAUGUUCUACAUCUGAAAUGAAAAAUCAACUAAUAAUCAUUUUCAGUACAUUUAGUAUAUCUUAAAGCAAAGUUAUCAGCAUUAUCUUAAUAGUGUGGGUGAAAUUCAGGCCUGGAGAAAGGAAGAAAACUUAACUUAAGAGCUCACACCAGACUGAACUUGGAUCUUUGCUUAUCAGCUUUUAGCAAUGAUAAGUUAAGAUUGCAACUUUCCAGUCUUCUGUAUCCCAACUCACUUUAAUGGAUUACAAAUCAAACUACCAGUAUAUUUGGAGAAGAGCAUAAUUUUGAGAAAUCAGUCACCUUGCAGUGACAGUCUUCCUUACUGCUUGGCCUGUUUUGUCUGCGUUGUGUUGGGAUCUUGCGAGACAUAGUCCUGCAGUGGUCUUGGCAGGGGUGGGUACAUGCAAGCUUGUGAAGCCCACACUUGGGCUGCACACAGAAGAUUGGGAGGCUCUGAAGCCUUCCUUACCUGCACGGAUCAGUAAACCUAACACUAUGAGGGACAAAAAAACAUAACAUUUUUAUAUAUAAAAAAAUUUAUUUCUACUUGACCCUGAUAAUUGAUUUUGGCAGAAGAAGGAUAUACUUUAUUAUAACUUAUUUUGUUGUUAUUUGUAAAUACAAGAUGUCUAUGGGAGAUUUGUAUUCUGAGCUGUGUGUAUGGAACCGGCUACUGCACCAAAAUGCUUCAAAUAUUUAGAAUAUGCAGAUGUUUAUUAAAAGGGACCUAAUAUGUAUUUAUUUACAUGUACUAUUCACCUUUUGUCCAGCUCUUUCAUUAUACUGACCCAGCUUCUAUGGAAUUUUAUAGCACAAGUAUUACAUAUGUAUUGUUGUAUAUAUGUCAUACUGUAAAUCGAUAAUAUAAUUUUCUAAACUUUCUGAUUAGCCCAUUCCUGGAGUGAAUUGAAGGGGAGGAUAGGCAGAUUGCUUUCUGACUCGUUCAGGAAUACGUAUCCGUGGCAAUGCACCUGAACCAGACCUGUACAGCAUCCAUUUCAUACUGUAUACAUUUUCUCUGAUGAAAAAGUGUUAACUAUUUUUGUUUAUGACUAAUUUAUUUUUUAUUAUUUGGAAAAAUAAAGUUAAUUCAAGACGAA